AACUGGUUCAUUGACUCGACCUCAUUGAGAAGCUUCGGCAGUGGGCCUAUUGGGAGGCAGCAGUUUACUCCCAAACCGCAUCUCUCUGCAUUUCAGAUUUUUAUCCCAUCACUCUAUCCUAGUCAUGUCGUCAGAACACAGUGUACCCGCUGCCCGCGCGGUCGAGAAUCUAGCAGCAAAGUUACGCAGAAGGCAGGUGGUAGGCUCUCGGGAGGCAGCGCUCGAGACCGUGCUGGUACUUCGCCAGGUCGUUGCAAAAGCGCGAUUUUCCAACAUCGACCAGCUUGUGAGUCUCCUCCGUGAGGUCGGCAAGCGGCUCGCCGAGGCUCAACCGAAAGAACACACCGUCGGAAACGUCGUCCGCAAAGUGCUGCACAACAUCCGCGAAGAGUACAAUACCGCGGCGAAGGGCGCUGCCACUGCACCCACGAGGAACGUGUUCUCCAUCUCCAAGUUUGUCCUGCAGGGCCAGCCCAGAAAGCAGAUCGUCGCGCAGAAGUCUGAGGCGACAAUAUCGCUGAAGGAGGAUGACCCAGAUGACCCGGACUCGUUUGCGAAGGGCCUGAAGCCGGUGCUCAUGGAGGCCAUCCAGGACGUGCUGGACGAGCUCGAGACGGUGUACGACAACGUCUCGAAGACGGCGAAGGAUCAUAUCCAUUCAGAUGAAAUCAUCCUCACGAUUGGGCAUUCCAAGACGGUCGAAGCAUUCCUGAAGUCCGCGGGGCACUAUCGCAAUUACACCGUCAUCGUCGCGGAGACGGGUCCUUCUUACAGCGGCCACGAGAUGGCAACCUCGCUCUCCAACGCAGGAAUUUCCACCUUCCUCGUCCCCGACUCCUCCAUCUACGCGAUCAUGUCCCGCGUGAACAAAGUAAUCAUCGGCGCACACGCGAUCCUCGCCAACGGCGGCAUGUUCGCGAUCACAGGCACCCUUCUCGCCGCGACCGCCGCGCGCGCGCACAGCACGCCUGUCGUCGUGUGCACGGGCCAAUUCAAGCUCACGCCGGCGUGGAACCUCUACCACGAGUACGGGGCGCUCGACUUUGCGGACCCGAGCAGCGUGCUCGGGUACGAGGAAGGGCCGCUCGUCGACAAAGUGGACGUCAUCAAUCCGUACUAUGACUAUGUCGGGCCGGAGCUCGUCGACGUCUUCAUUACGAACGAUGGCGAUCACCCCCCUUCGUCGAUCUACAGGCUCGUGAAGGAGAGCUACGACGAUGAAGACCAGCACCUCUAACACGCGCAUCAACCUGCAUCAGCAUCAUGCGUUAUCUCACCGGGCGUUGAUCAGGAGCAGGAUGCAGCUGCAUGCCGGACGUCAUCCGACGUCUCCGGUGGAACCACAGGACAUAUGGACAGGCGCCAUGUCCAUACGGCGCGGCGCACCGGGGCAUGAGAACGCAGGCGGU